AAGUUUGAACUUUAAACAUUGAGAGCAUCAAAACAAAACCAAAUUGAAUGCAACCCAACAAAACCCAUUAACUCCAAUUCAUUGUUUCAUUCAUCCUCAAAAUUUUGAAAAACUCCCACAUCUCCAAGGCAAGAGAGAGAGAGAAUGACCGGAGUGGUCAUGGUUACCAAGGGCGGUAGAUGCGGCGGAGGUGGGAAGCGGUCGAGGGCGGCGCGAACCGCUGAGGAAGAAGAAGAGCAGCAGAACCAGCUCUCUCUCGUGGCGUUUCUCUUGGCGGCCAUCAGAAAAUCGAUGGUUUCCUGCAGGGUGGACCCACCGGACGAUGUAAUCUCCACCGUCCAUAACAUGGAGAUCGGAUGGCCUACCAACGUUCAGCACAUCACUCAUGUCACCUUCGACCGCUUCAAUGGUUUCCUCGGUCUUCCUUAUGAGUUCGAAGUUGAGAUCCCUGCUAGGGUCCCCAGUGCUAGUGUAAGUGUGUUUGGCGUCUCAGCAGAAUCUAUGCAGUGUUCUUAUGAUUCUAAAGGAAACAGUGUCCCCACUAUUCUCUUGCUAAUGCAGGACCGGCUAUACUCACAGAGAGGCUUAAAGGCUGAGGGUAUAUUUCGCAUAAACCCAGAAAAUAGUCAAGAGGAGCAUGUGAGGGACCAGUUGAAUAGGGGCAUUGUGCCUGAUGACAUUGAUGUGCACUGCUUGGCGGGACUAAUUAAAGCCUGGUUCCGAGAGCUACCUUCAGGAGUGCUAGAUGGACUUUCCCCUGAGCAAGUUCUUCAAUGCAACACAGAAGAAGAAUCUGUUGAUCUUGUGAAGCAGCUAAAGCCAACUGAGUCUGCCUUACUCAGCUGGGCCAUUGAUCUCAUGGCCGAUGUUGUAGAAGAGGAGGAAUUUAACAAAAUGAAUGCAAGAAAUAUUGCUAUGGUUUUUGCUCCAAACAUGACUCAGAUGUCUGAUCCUCUAACUGCCCUGAUGCACGCGGUUCAAGUGAUGAAUUUACUCAAGACACUUAUCAUGAAGACACUUCGAGAACGUGAAGAAACAACACCAGGUGGGUAUUCUUCCAUGUCUUUUCAUUCAUCGGGUCGCCAAUCAGAGGAUGAAUACGACAGUCAGCGAGAAAUGGACACUAGCGGUGAAUUGAGAGGCGCCAAAUCAGAUUAUGAUGCUCACUAUGGCCACAGCAGUGAAGGGGAAGCUGAAUCUUUAAGCGAGAUAGAGGAGUGCUUCUUGAAGCAGUUGGAUGAGAACACAAAGGGAUUCUCACAAGAACCUGCUGGUCAUUUGGAGAAGUAUGUUAGCACCAUAAGUUACUCUGCCUAUAGCAUGGAGCCUUCUAUAUCUGUUACUGAUAACAAAGCUGGGAAUUCCUGUUUGAGGACAACACUGACCUCAAGUGUUGACACAAGUAGUUCAUCAAUAGGAUGUACAAGUACCAAAGAUGUGGAGAUGGUCGAUAAGUUUGCUGAUUCUAUUUCACCUGUAACACUCCUUGCUUCUAGCUAAGAACUGGUUUUCUUUUUUACGAGAUUUUUAGUACCAUGUUUUCCUGAUUUUGUCUUUACAAGCAGCAGGUUUGCUUGUGUAAAUUAAUAGAUGGAGUAGGAACCCUUUUCUUGUUGUGUAUUAUGGACAGGUUAUGUUCAGUUUAGGGCUGAAUUUUACCCGAUUCUGUAUGUUCUUGUAAUAGACAAUUCUAACCAUGCAAAAUGGAUGGAACAACAGGCUAAGGUGUAGCCAGGGCUUCAAAUUUCAGCUAA